AUGAAAUUCUUCUACAAACGUUAUUUGGACUUUGAAGAGAAAAACGGUGACAAAGAAAGCCAAGAAGCUGUGCGCGAGAAAGCAAAGCAAUAUCAUACCCAUCUAUCUAAAUGCAAAGCUCGGCACCUUUGCAUAAGUCCUGUUUUACAAAAAGAAAAUGAAGACAAAAUUUCUGACAAAGAAGAUACACCAAAAAAAAAUUUAUUUGCUGGGAUGAAAGUUAUCAAAGAGAGAACAUCAUAUUCAGGAAAAGAAAUGAGAACUGACUCUCAGACACCUCCAAUGAAGCCCAAGAAAAUUAUUCAUACUGAAAGCACAAAGUUAUUUUCUGCUCCCGGCCUUCAAAUUUUCGACAAAGUUACACAACCUCCACCUGAACCAGAGAAACAAAGCCUGUGGGAUGAAAUAAAUGCAGAAACCUUAACUUCCAUUCCUGUAUUCCCGUCAAAUGCUUUUGAAGAAAUCGCUAUUUGGACUAAAGAAGGAAAAUACUGGACAUUCCCAAUCAAUAACGAAGCCGGUUGGGAAGAAGAAAUAAAUACAGGAUUCCAUGAACAUGUCUUUCUACAAGAUUUGAUUGCUGAUUUCCCCUCAAAAGGACCAAUUCGUCACUUUAUGGAAUUAGUCAUUACAGGACUUUCACUGAGCCCUUAUUUAACAGUCCAACAAAAGAAGGACCACAUUUCCUGGUUUAAGAAUUAUUUUGAAGAAAAACGACACUUACUUAAAGAGGAAUUGGCUUUAACAUAA